UAAACAUAUCUUAAUUAACUUCCUGGUACAGAUACAUUUGGGGAAAAGACACAGAAAAGAAAGUAAAAUUAAAUGUAAACAGAUGAAGUGAUAUUUACUUAAAUCAAGAGGUUAUAGAAUCCAGCAAACCUAUACCAUGUGGACCUUGUUUCCAGGGAAAAGUAAACACUAAAGCUGACAUCUGGUGUUACAACUGUGAUGAAAGAUUAAGUUAACAUAUUCUAUUAACCAUAAAAGAUUGAUUUUUGUGUGACAUCAAUACUAAAACUGAUAAACCAUCCAUCUCAGUGAUCAAAAUGGAAUGUGACAAACAUGGUCAACAGCUCAUCUUGUAUUGCCCCAGUCAUUUAAUGCCUUGCUGUGAUGAAUGUAUUUCAACCAGUCAUUCAAAAUGUACAGGAAUAAAGAGUUUAGCAGGUGUGGUGGAGAAAACAAAAAUUGAAAAAUCCAAAGAAACUGUAGAGACAGACAUCAUUUCUAUCUUAUCUACUUUGGACCAAUUAGUAAAUCAAAAAUCAAAAAACAUCAAAACAGGAGAAAAUCAGUAUAUAGGCAUACAGAAAUCAAUUAAAGGAAUUAGACAGGAAAUAAAUAAACAUUUAGACCACCUGGAGAAGAAGUUAUGCCAAGAAGCAAGUAUUAUUAGGAAUCAGGAAAAAUCAAAAACAACGGAUUUCAUUUCUGAAAUUGAAGGGAAAAAGAAAAACUUGAAGGAAAUGAAAGAACAAUUACAAACAGUCACUUCAAAUAUUUCCAAACUACAAUCAUUUCUUUGUGUACAUAAGAUUGAACAACAAGUACAUCAAUGUCAAAGAUAUAUUGAAGAUCUGGAAAAUGAUGACAGAGUCAAAGAAGUUGACAUCAAAAUGAAGCAAAAUGAUGAGAUAGAAAAAAUACUAAGUCAAUUAGAAUCAUUAGAAUCCCUCGGAGAAGUAACAGUUGUUAAGACAGAAAUAGACUUAAACAGACAUACAAGUUUGAGGAGGAAAGCACAAGUAGAAUCACAAGAACAAUCCAACAUAAACAACAUGACCAUGAAUAUUGAGACAAAGAUAGAGAUCAACAUAAGUGAGAUUAUUACUGACAUGAUUUGUCUGAUGGAUGGAAGAGUUAUAGUAGUGGAAGGGUUGGGUAAAGUUUACCUACUUACUUCUGAUGGUAAACUACAGAAACAACUACCUAUACCUGGUGGAGCCUUGAGUGUUACACAGAUCAAUCAGGACACUAUAGCCAUAACUUAUCCUGGUGAGGGAGCCAUUAAGAUCUUCAAUAUGGAGAAUGAAACAGUUACCAAAGUUAUCAAAUUAAACAAAGGAUGCUAUGGUUUAUCAUUCUACAAUAAUUCUCUGGCUGUAGGUUUGAGUAGUGAUGAAAUCCGUAUUAUAGACUUGGAAGGAAAUACACAGAAGUCAAUACAAGUUGAGAGUGCAUCAAACCUGUAUCACCUUGUUUACCGUAAUGACAGAGUAAUCUAUAGUGACUGUAUAGGUAAAGCAGUAUACUGUGUGGAUGGAUCAGGUAAACAGACCUGGCAAUAUACACAGGAUUUAUCACGACCACAAGGACUUUGUACAGAUACUUAUGGUAACAUUAUUGUAGCAGACUGUGUCUCUGACAGGAUAAUAGUAAUAUCAAAAGAUGGACAGGAUGGUAAAGUACUGCUUAGUAAUGAGGAUAGACUGAAAGAUCCUCUGUGUAUUAGUUUUAAAGAUAAUGAGUCUUCAGGUUUUAUUUGUGAUAACACAGGCAGAUACUUGACAGAAUUCAAUCUAUCAUGUGGAUAACAUACACACUAAAGAAUCUUAUGAAUAUUGCUUUUCUAUGAAAUAAUAAACCUAUAAUAGGUGGUAAUAUUUAAUAGUAAAAGUUUGAAUGUGAGAGGUAAUAAAGACAAGUGUAUAGAUGUAUGCUUUUAUUGUGUUGUUGGGUUACUGUCUAUUAAAUCAAUGUCCACAUCACAGAUCCUUAUAUUCCUAAGUGGUGAUAAUUGUUGUGAAGUUCAAUUAAUGUAAGAGAAAAUAUACACAAGUGUAUAGAUGUCUGUUUCAUUGUGUUGCUAAGUUACUGUCUACUUAUAUUCUGUCUUGAUAUAUGGUGUGAAGGAAAUGUAGGCAGGUGUAUAGCGGUAUGCUUUUAUUGUGUUGUUGGGUUACUGUCUAAUCACAUAUAUUUAAUUAUAUUCCUAAGUGGUGAUAUUUGGUGUGAAGUUUGAAUGUGAUAGGAAAUGUAAACAAGUGUAUAAAUGUAUGCUUUUAUUGUGUUGUUGUGUGACUGUCUAUUAAUAUUCAACUCAAAUAUUAUUAAAAGUGAAGAAAUUACCUUGUAAAAGAAUUUCAAAAACAUUUUAGAUAAUCAUGAUACCUUCAUUCAGUGAAAAUAACAGAUAGGUAUCAAUUCUAUGAUAUAAGGGGAUACUGAUAGAAUAUCUCCAUCAAGGAAAGGAAUAUUAACACUAAGAAAGGAAAAGUUAUCCCCUUCAUAAUUUUGGUAUAUAGACUGCCAUGAGAAAUUCUAAUUUGAAAGACGAAAAAAAUAACAUUGGUAAUUAUUGAAAAUUGGUUCAGUAAAAUUGAGUUAAUGGAUAAAUUUGGAAAAAUUGAAUCCUAAACAAAAAACAAUCAUGUACCAUCUAAAUAUCUGCAGGUAUUGCUAAAAUAUCUAUGGAGGGAUGUUUUUUUGUG